AUGAAUAGUUAUACUCCCAUAGCAGAGCACAAACAAGAAGGCCACAAAAAUGGCAAUAUUUACGAAGACUAUUCGUCAUCUUCUCCAACUGGGUGUGGGUCGUGUGAUUGUUUAAAGUUUUCUAGCUUCAAUUGGGUCCAAGCCCAUGAAAUUUACAGCAGGUCUUUGCUAGAGCAAAAAGAGUCAUGGCUAGUAAAAAAGAUCAAGAUUAUGAAGAAUUUGGUAAAGAAAAUUGGAAUAUACUGCAAAUUGAAGAAAUCAAAUAAAACCCAAUUUCAAUAUGAUGCUCAAAGUUAUGCUUUGAAUUUUGAUGAUGGAGCUCGUGUUGAAGAAGAUGGGUUUUUGU